GGAUAGUCAAGCAUUGUGUUUCCUAAUUAGCCAAAUACAAGUAUAGACAAAUGUCUUUGAAAUAGGCUAAGAAUUUCAGAAAUAUAAAGAACUUAGUUGCUUCAUGCUCAUAGCUUCAAGUAAAAAACAAUGGAUAAAAGGAAAUAUCCAAGAUUAGAUCCUUUCCUUGUUACUUGGUCUUUACUGCUCUUACACACAGCUUUUGGAUUAACUUCAAGAGAAGUUAACAAAACCAUGUGUAUAGAAAAGGAGAGAGAUGCUCUUCUUGAGUUCAAAAGAGGCCUUAUUGAUGAUUUUGAUCGAUUAUCAACAUGGGGUAAUGAUGAAGAUAAAAAAGAAUGCUGUAAAUGGAAGGGUAUAGAAUGUGACAAAAGAAGUGGUCAUGUAACUGUUCUUGAUCUUCACAGUGAGGUUUCAUGUCCAGGCCAUGCUUGUUUUGCUCCAAUAUUGACAGGUAAACUUAGUCCUUCUCUACUUGAGUUGCAGCAUCUGAAUUACUUGGACCUCAGUGUAAAUGGAUUUGACAGAAGUGAAAUACCAAGAUUCAUAUCCUCUCUUAAAAGACUAGAGUAUCUGAACCUCUCAUCUUCAGAUUUUUCUGGUGUAAUUCCUACACAGUUAAUGAAUCUAACUUCUUUGAGGAUUCUUGAUCUUGGGAACAAUAAUCAGCUAAUAGUAAAGGACCUUGGGUGGCUUUCUCAUCUUUCCUCGCUAGAGUUCUUGCGUCUCGGUGGUAACGACUUCCAAGCAAGCAAUUGGUUUCAAGAGAUAACAAAGGUACCUUCACUGAAAGAACUCGACUUGAGUGUUUGUGGUCUCUCUAAAUUCGUUCCAUCUCCAGCUGAUUUAGCCAAUUCUUCUUUGAUCUCUCUUUCUGUUCUUCAUUUAUGUUGUAAUGAGUUUUCUUCUUCAGCUGAAUAUAGCUGGUUAUUCAAUUUUAGCACAAGCUUAACUAGCAUAGACCUCUCCAAUAAUCAGCUGGACGGUCCAAUUGAUGAUCGCUUUGGGAGCUUGAUGUAUCUUGAGCAUCUUAAUCUUGCUGAUCAAUUUAAUCUUAAAGGUGUUGGGGUUCCCAGUUCUUUUGGGAAUUUGACACGUUUACGUUAUCUGGACAUAUCUAACACUCGGACAUACCAAUGGCUUCCUGAGUUGUUUCUCAGGUUAUCAGGCAGUAGGAAAACACUUGAGGUUUUGGGGUUGAACGACAACUCAAUGUUUGGUUCAUUGGUUAAUGUCACAAGAUUUUCAGCCUUAAAGAGAUUAUACCUGCAGAACAAUGUGCUGAAUGGUUUUUUCAUGGAAAGAUUUGGACAAGUUUCGAGUCUUGAGUAUCUAGACUUGUCUGAUAACCAAAUGAGAGGGCCAUUACCAGAUUUAGCAUUGUUUCCAUCAUUGAGAGAGUUGCAUCUUGGAUCUAAUCAAUUUCAAGGGAGGAUACCACAAAGUAUUGGAAAACUUUCACAGCUUAGAAUUUUGGACGUCUCGUCCAAUAGACUGGAAGGAUUACCAGAAAGCAUGGGACAACUAUCAAACUUGGAAAGUCUUGAUGCCUCUUACAAUGUCCUGAAGGGUACAAUCACUGAGUCCCACCUUUCAAACCUCUCCAGUUUAGUGGAUUUGGACUUAUCAUUCAACUCUUUGGCUUUGAAGACGAGCUUCGAUUGGCUUCCUCCUUUUCAGCUUCAAAUUAUAAACCUUCCAUCUUGCAAUUUGGGACCUUCUUUCCCCAAGUGGCUUCAAAGUCAAAACAACUAUACUGUUCUUGAUAUCUCGCUUGCAAAUCUAUCAGAUGCGCUACCAAGUUGGUUCUCUGAUCUUCCUCUCAAUUUAAAGAUUCUGAAUCUCUCUAACAACCAGAUCAGUGGAAGAGUUUCUGAGUUGAUAGUGAAUAAACAAGACUACAUGGUUAUAGAUUUAAGUUCUAACAACUUUUCAGGACCUUUGCCACAAGUUCCUACCAAUGUGCGAAUAUUUUACCUACAUAAAAAUAAGUUUUCCGGAUCCACUUCUUCCAUUUGUAAAAGUACAACAGGAGGUGCCACUUCCCUUGACUUGUCACACAACCAAUUUUCAGGAGAACUUCCUGAUUGUUGGAUGAAUAUGAGUAAUCUAGCUGUUCUUAAUCUAGCCUAUAACAAUUUCUCUGGAAAACUUCCACAGUCAUUAAGUUCCUUGGAAAAUUUGAAGGCAUUAUACAUACGCCAGAACAGUUUUAGCGGGAUGUUGCCUUCUUUCUCACAGUGUCAAUUAUUGCAAAUCUUGGAUCUUGGAGGGAAUAAGUUGACAGGAAGAAUCCCAGCAUGGAUAGGUACUGAUCUACUCAACUUGCGUAUUCUAAGCCUACGGUUCAACAAAUUCUAUGGUAGCAUUCCAUCGAUCAUUUGUCAGCUUCAAUUUCUUCAGAUACUGGACCUUUCAGCAAAUGGAUUAUCUGGGAAAAUUCCACAAUGCUUCAACAAUUUUACUAUAUUGCAUCAAGAAAAUGGUUCUGGUGAGUCGAUGGAUUUUUUAGUCCAGUUUGACUAUAUGCCUCGUUCAUACUUGUACAUAGGCAAUUUAUUGGUUCAAUGGAAAAACCAGGAGGCCGAGUACAAGAAUCCUUUAUUAUAUCUGAAGACUAUUGAUCUUUCAAGUAAUAAAUUGGUCGGAGGUAUUCCUAGAGAGAUAGCUGAAAUGAGAGGAUUGAAAUCUUUGAACCUUUCAAGAAAUGAUCUGAAUGGAAGUAUCACUGAAGGAAUAGGUCAAAUGAAGAUGUUGGAGUCACUUGACAUUUCAAGAAACCAGCUUUCUGGUAUGAUCCCUAAGGGCCUUGCUAAUUUGACUUUUCUUAGUGUGUUGGACUUGUCAAACAACCACUUAUCAGGAAGAAUUCCAUCAAGCACUCAACUGCAAAGUUUUGAGAGUUCAUCAUAUAGUGGUAAUGCUCAACUCUGCGGCCCUCCUCUCCAAGAAUGUCCCGGAUAUGCACCUCCUAGUCCACGUAUCGAUCAUAGCAGUAACAUGAAUCCCCAAGAACAUGAUGAUGAUGGUGAGGAUUUUCCAUCUCUAGAGUUUUAUAUAUCCAUGGUGUUGGGUUUCUUUGUUGCAUUUUGGGGAAUCUUGGGCUCUUUAAUUGUCAACCGUUCUUGGAGGAAUGCCUACUUCACAUUCUAAUGGACUCGAAGAAUUGGCUCAAUAUGAUAUCAAGAGUCUGCUUUGCAAUACUGAAGGGAAAGCUAAGGGCCUCAUAACCAUAAUGUUCCAAUGUGCCUGUUUACUUGAUUUCCUCCGUUACGAGUUCCUAUUCUCUUGUUGUGGUGUGUAUGAGUAAAUCUCUUGUUGUUGGAUUUCUAAUGUUUCAUUUGCAUCUUGGUGAAAGCUAGACUUAAACAAAAUAUAACCGAGGAAAUAUAGAAGUUCCAUUUCUGAAGAGAGAAUGCUCAAGUAUUAAAAAUUGGGUAGUGCUGAACUGUACCAGUGGUAGACAUAUGUUUAGAUAGCAUUUUCCAUUUCACUCGAAUCAUAGGCAUUUUGGCAUAUUCCACCAAUCAUAUUAGUUUGAUGAGCUUCCUAUUCACGGCAAAUUUAGUAUACAGAAAUUAAUAACUGCAAUCAUCACAAGACAAAUGUAAAGAAAGAUUAUUUUAUUAAUAAAACAUGCAAGUACAACUCUGUGUAUCUCUUCAUUGUACAUGUCUUCUCAGUGUUUAUUGUUGCUGCUCCAUUUACUAGAAAGUCUCCUAAGUUGGGAUAUCCAUCUUCUUGUUGGUCCAGCUUCAGUCCUUCAAAUGGAGCAUAUCCAUACAACACUAUCAUUCAUGGAUCUUUGUUCAUAUCAAGAAUGACAAUUCUAGAAGAAACAAAAGCAGAUAAAGAUUUAUGGAUCUUUGUUCUUGUUAAAAUUAAGUGACCGUGUUGUAUGUUUACAGGAUAUUUGUCGUCCUUAGCUUCUGUACUUGUCUAUAUAGUGAGUACAAACUUCGACCCCUUCAUCUCAGUCAUAUGGGUAUAUAAAUAUG